CUUGCGUCAGUCUGCGUGUGUGCGUCACAGGGCGUGCGUAGGACUAACAUGUGUCUGAGGUGACGCCGGUGAAACUCGGAUAAAAACAUUCAAGUUCUGGGGGAAAAUGUCGGUGUUUCACGACGAGGUGGAGAUCGAGGACUUUGAGUUCGACGAGGACACGGAGACGUACUAUUUCCCGUGUCCGUGCGGAGACCGGUUCGCCAUCACCCGGGAGGACUUGGAGAACGGGGAGGAGGUGGCCACGUGUCCGAGCUGCUCACUCAUCGUCAAAGUCAUUUAUGACAAGGAGUUGUUCAUGUCGGGAGAAACCGUCGCUGCUCCUUCAAACAUGUCCAAACUAGAACUGGUCCAGUCCUGAGUCUGACCCAGAUCCAAGUCCUGGACCAGAGGCCAGACCAGGACCAGACCAGGACCCAGUCUCCACAUGAACCUUAUUUAUUUAACACACUGAAGGAAAAACCAGAGCAGACAAACUGGACCUGGAUCUUGGACCAGACCAGGGUCCAAACUCAGGGUCCAGUCCUGGUUCAGUUCUCACUUGGACUUUUUUCAUUUUAAACCUAUUUAUUUUAACAACGGGGAAUAAAGUGGAUCAGAACCUCAAAAACUCAAAACUCUUGAAUUUCACUUUUAAAGUUUAAAUUUUUGAUCAUUUUUGAUCGUGUAUUUUUUUUUUAUUGUGGAGAUUCUGCUGCAGAACAGCGCCACCUUCAGACAACGACUGUAACCUCAUCAAAGACUCAUUAAUAUGCAAAUUUUAUGAAAAUAUCAUGUAAAUAAAUCACCCACGUAAAGGAAA